AUGCAGCACCCUCAGAGACAGCAAGCCCUAGAUGCAUUUUAUGAGCAUGCAGCAGGGAGGAGGAAACUGCUGAACGGCUGGCUCAGUGUACAGGCAGGAGCAGAUCUUCCUCAGCAGAUUGAUAUAAUGAAGCAGCUGCAGAGACACCCCACCUUCUCUUUUCUAGAUGCUGCUGCUGUUCGCUCUCUUAUAUUUGACUUUGCUCAAAAUAACUUCGUUCACUUUCAUCGCCCUGAUGGGAAGGGAUAUCGUCUCCUCAUUGAUGCUGUCCUACAGCUGGAUCAGCUGGGGAGCCCUCUUGCUGUGGAGGGCAUUCGUUUGUUUUCGGGGUGGAGACACCUGAAAGGAGACAGAAGGCUGCUUGUGCAGAGACAGCUGCAGCAGCUGAUAGACAGCGACAGCGUAUCUGACUCCUUGCACAGCGCUGCUGUUGCAGUUUUGGGGAGAAGGCGAGGCUAG